AAUUCAGACAUCGAUGUUUUGCCACCACUAGUUUGAUUCGGGUUGGAAAAAGAAACAAAAAAAAUUAAACAAAAACUGGAAUCACUCGAGAACGCUGCGAUUCCCAUUAAACAUAUAUUUAUAAGUGAAAAACGCAACGAAAAGUGCAAGUGGCGGACGAGCCAGCGCUCCAAGGCAGGCCAACUCACACAGUGAUACAAGUAAAGUACAAAACAGGCGCGCCUGCCAGACAAAGGAUAGGUGAAAACGCAUACUCCGCACACCAAAACACACACAUACACACACACACACACGGCACACACUCACGACUCACGAUGUCAACCGGAAGGCCCAUAAAAUGUGUUGUCGUCGGUGACGGCACUGUCGGAAAGACCUGCAUGCUAAUCUCCUAUACGACAGACUGCUUUCCCGGCGAAUAUGUGCCCACAGUCUUUGACAACUACUCGGCCCCGAUGCAAGUGGACACAAUACAGGUCUCGCUGGGACUGUGGGACACGGCGGGACAGGAGGACUACGACCGACUCCGACCGCUCUCCUACCCGCAGACAGACGUCUUCCUGAUAUGCUACAGCGUGGCGAGCCCCUCGUCCUUCGAGAACGUCACAUCGAAAUGGUAUCCGGAGAUAAAGCACCACUGCCCCGACGCGCCCAUCAUUCUAGUUGGGACCAAAAUCGAUUUGCGCGAAGAUCGAGAGACACUGAGCGGCCUCGCUGAGCAGGGGCUGACGCCACUGAAGCGCGAGCAGGGCCAGAAGCUGGCGAACAAGAUACGCGCUGUCAAAUACAUGGAGUGCUCUGCCUUGACGCAGCGCGGCCUGAAGCCGGUGUUCGAGGAAGCGGUGCGCGCCGUGCUCAGACCAGAACCGCAAAAGCGACGCCAGCGAAAGUGUUUAGUUAUGUAAAUAAGGUAACAUGUUAUUGGCGACAGAGAUUCCUCGGAAGCGACACGUAAGCCGGCGAGACGGCCGACAUAGACACUCACGCAGCGUCCUCAUCGACAAAUCAAACAACAGAACUCAUUCACUGGGCCUCAUAUUUAUUUACAUAAGUUUAAAAUUACUCCUAAUGUACCAGGCUCUUGGUGGCACCGGUAGGCAGCUAUAAAGCAACGAUAAUGCGCUUGAAUCUCAAAUCUGGCGUUGCUUAAGUAUUUCUUAUGGGGCCAUUAGGAGUAAAUAUUUUUGGCACAAAAUCACAAAAUCCCUCCCGCGACAACUAAAACAGAACAACAGAGAAUCGUAAAUCUAAUGCAGAUACAUAUGUAGAAAUCUAGUCAAUUGAAUCGAAUGUAUUGUACUAAUAGUAACAAGCAGCGAGUGCACAUUAUAAGAACCGCAGCCAACUCACAGCUAAAAA